AUGGCACCAAAGAGAACCGCUGAAAUGGCCUUCGAAGACGAUGAGAUGCUCUACCUCGACAUCCCUAUUGAUCCUCGCCUUCUCACCACUGCCAACGAUGACCAGCCUAGCUCCAGCACCGGCAUGCCCCUUCACACACAACCUGUCGCUGCCACUGCUACCUCAACCACCACUCCAGAGAUGGCCUGGGAAGACAACGGCGCUGGUGCAAGUACCGGCUUAUCCACCUUUCCUGAACCCUCCGGUGCCGCAGCAAAUCGUCGAGCAUCAGACAACGAAGACCGCGCAAACAGAGAGGUCACGGCUGCACCCAUCAUGUCGUUGAAUAGGGCGAGGAACAGCGGCCCAGCUGGCAGACCCACAAAGCCCAACGACCAGCUGUCCACAGGAAAAACAGCCGUCGACCAGCGCAGCCGCCGCAAGAUCGAGGAGGACUAUCGCCAGCGCAUUCUAGCAAAGGUCGACAAGGACAUCAUCGACCGGGCAACGCACGAGAACAAGACGACGCCGACUGGACGCACAUAUCGUGCGAUCCUGACCGUCUUGGAGCAGAAUGAGGCGCUGGUCGUGGCCCUGGCGAGGGAGAACGAGGAGUUGAAGAAGCAACUCGAGGAGGCGAGGAAGAGACAAGGCUGA